AUGACUAAAUUCGCUCAUCCAUCAUCACUUGAAACUCGGUAUGCUGCCAUUGCUGAAAGUAGCGUUUACACGUACGACGAUGAUCUUGUUAAUUAUGCUGAUUUUCUUCGAAAACAUGGUCGCUAUAUGACCAAAGAUGGUUAUGUCGAUUCCUCACGACGUGUUCGUUCACUCCAACGACAGCAAGAUGAAUCAAGCGUACCUUUACGUAACAAUGUGCCUGCUACAACUAACAAAGCAGCAUCGACAUCGAAAAAGCCAAAGCAAGCGGCUGAGAAUGAAUUGCCAUCAGUCAUAUCGAUUUCGACAAAUAUUGAGCAUAAGGGAAAGGAACAUGAUAAACAAAUGAGACUUAUUGAGGAACAAGUGAUAAGAUCUAGAGAACAUGAACGGGAUUCAAAACGUUCGGAAGGCGAUGUUAGACGAGAACAACGGUAUUUACAUCAUACAUUGAAAGGAUUAAACACAAUCAAGAAACGUUUAGAAGCAGAAAAUUAUCUUUCCACGAACUUCGAUGACAAAAGUCAAAAUGAACGGGAAGCUUUGAAGAAGAAAGAACAGCAAAUGAAACAACGAACUGAACCAGUUGUUGAUUUACUUCAAACUAGUAAAGAUGCUGACCGUAGGAAUGUUCUUGUUUGCACCGAUCUAGCACGACAAUAUCGGACAAAAGCAGAAGAGCUUGAAGCUAAACAUGAACAAUUAUCUCAAAUCCAUCAAGAAUUUCAAGAUAAACUUCACGAGAAAAUGUCCAAAGAAAAUCAAGCUAAGAAAGAAUUGGCUCAAAUCGCCAUGGCUCUUCACUUGGAAUCUCAAAAGGGUAAAAUCGAUAAAAAUGAACUGGCAGAUUUAUCAAGUCGUGAACGGAUUCAAACAAUCAACCAUGAUCUUAAUCAAGAGCAAACAUUUGAACAACGAUUGAAUAAGACAAGUAUCUAUGUAAAGAGCUUCGAUCUUGAACGAAGACGUUUGUCGGUCGAUGUUACAUUGAACCGUUCUCUAAUUGACCUUAAACAACGUGAAGCUGCACGUCGAAUUAUCGAUGCGAAGAAUCGUCUUGAGACGAUUUAUGCUAAACAACGUGAGCUUAAUCAAGACGCUGCUAUUGCUCUGCAAGAUCGCCGUGCGGCUGAAUUAAUGGCUAAGAUAACAGAUGUUGAUAGUCGUCGAACACAGUUAAUGACCCAAUAUUUACGCGAAAAAACUGAACGAGAAGAGGAACGCGAAGCGGAAGGAGCAAGUAAAGCGAAAAUUCACCAUGCUGAACAAGAAACACGGCACCAUGAAGAUCAUUUGCGACAUUUUCAAAAAACUGCUGGAAAAAACGAAGAGACUGAACAUGAUUUACGUGAAUCGUUGAAACAAGCUGAAUACGAUCGACGUAAAAAAGAGCAUGAAGUACAAAAACUUCAGGAUGAGAUAAUCCAAAAGAAAAAAUCAGAUGCUGUUCGCGUCCGAAAAGAAAUCGCUCGUGCGCAGCAUGAAGAAAAAGAAUUAGAAGAACAAUUAGUUAAGGAAAAAGCCAAACUAGAUAAAUUACACGCCAAACGUGAAGAUAGUUAUUUACGUUUAAUCAAACAUCGUGAUCAAAUUCGCGAAAAUCAACUUUUAUUGCAAACACAUGAACGAGAAUACGAACGCUUAUUACGUGUUCGUGCUCAUUCACGAUCCUUACAAUCACUCAACAAUAUUUAA